UAACUUCUUUUGCUCAUGUGAAUAUAUCUGUCAACAUAACGUUGAAAGAUGUUUUAAAAAAAUUUCUACUAAUGAAAUUAUUCCACUGAUUAUUUUCUCACUUUGGUUCUUUGAUAAACUUUAUGCUGGCAAAUUUGAUUCCUCCUUGUUGAAAAACAUCCAAGCAGCAAAACACUUCAUUCUUGUACUAACACCAAACUCUCUUGAUAGGUUAUUUAAUGAUCACAACUGUGAGGACUGGAUUCAUAAAGAGUUGCGUUGUGCCUUUGAUCAUCACAAAAAUGUGAUCCCCAUUUUCGACCAACAUUUUGAUUUUCCUGCUGAUACUGAUCUUCCCACUGAUAUAAGGCACAUAACGCGGUACAAUGGCGUACGUUGGGUGCACGAUUAUCAAGAGGCUUGCAUGGAUAAAGUUGAACGCUUUAUCAAAGGUGAAUUGAAUGGAACACCAAGCAUUGGUCAGCAACAGACAUCGGCAGCAUCUUGCGCAGCUAACACUUCAUCACAGCAACGUAAGCCAUCUACUCGCUGGUCAGCUGUGAAAACAAGUCAGAAAUGCUCGGUGAAUAGGCAGACUCAAAACGAAAUGUCAAAUAACCAUUGUAUGGUAAUAUUUCUUCUCAGUGCAUUUACAUAA